AUGGCGGCCAUUGCUCUACGGCAGACGCAGUUCCUUCUGCCGGCCUUCAGAUUACCCGCAUGGCGACCACUCUUUUCGGCGGCACUCAUUCCAGCGUUUCUUACAACACCUCGUCCGUUCAGCUGGGUAACACCGACACUACAGUCCCUUCUCGAACUUUUACCUCCGUUCCUACUCGCGGUACCCAAAAAGAAGACCUCGCACUCUCGGAAAGCUAUGCGCAGUGCAAACAAGGGUCUGAAAGAUAAACGAAACCUAGUGCAUUGCCCAGGCUGUGGAUCACCAAAGUUGUCUCACCAUCUGUGCCCAAAUUGCUACUCGAGCUUGAACCGUGCGUGGAAGGCGGAGGCGAAGGAGAACGGAGAUGGCUCACUGGGUGGUGUACCUGCGGUGGCAGAUUGA